GAAAGAUAAAAAAGCUCUUCUCUUCAAAUAAAGAGCACCAAGCUCUGCUCCUUCACUGAGGAAAUCAUUACUUUAACACAGAAUUACUUGAUCCUUUGUUGGUUCCAUCGAUAAGAGAGCAAGCAUGCCUUCUAAGUCAACAGCUGAUCUCCAUGUCACCGGCAUCGUGACCCAAGGCGACCUCCAUGCUUUGCAUCAAGACGUCAGCGAUUUUAUAGUGAUCAAUGCAAGGAUCUGCCAACCUGACGAUAUCCAUAUCUGCGAUGGGUCGGAAGAAGAAAACAAGAAGGUUCUCCACCUGAUGGAGGAGACUGGAAUGAUCAAGAGACUGACCAAGUAUGAGAACUGCUGGCUGGCACGCACAGACCCAAGGGACGUGGCCAGGAUUGAAAGCAAAACCGUGAUUGUUACUCAAGAGCAGAGGGACACCGUUCCAGUUGCCAAAAGUGGAAUCAGCCAACUGGGUCGCUGGAUGUCAGAAGAUGAUUUCGAGAAAGCAUUUAAAUCACGAUUUCCUGGAUGCAUGAAAGGACACACAAUGUAUGUGAUUCCAUUCAGCAUGGGACCGAUUGGGUCUCCACUAUCCAAGAUCGGGAUUCAGCUGACCGAUUCUCCCUACGUAGUCGCCAGCAUGAGAAUUAUGACCCGGAUGGGAACCGCUGUCCUGGAGUCCUUGGGCGACGGAGAGUUUGUGAAAUGUCUCCAUUCUGUCGGAUGCCCUUUACCGUUAAAAAAACCUUUGGUGAAUAACUGGCUGUGUAAUCCAGAACAAACGCUCAUUGCUCACAUACCAGAGCGCAGAGAGAUUAUCUCAUUCGGAAGUGGUUACGGAGGAAAUUCACUUCUUGGCAAAAAGUGUUUUGCCCUCCGGAUUGCGAGCCGGAUUGCCAAAGAAGAGGGAUGGUUGGCCGAACACAUGCUGAUUCUGGGAAUCACCAAUCCAGAAGGAAAAAAGAAAUAUUUCGCGGCCGCAUUCCCAAGUGCAUGUGGGAAAACCAACCUAGCCAUGAUGAAGCCUUCUCUCCCCGGGUGGAAGAUCGAAUGCGUGGGCGAUGACAUCGCUUGGAUGAAAUUUGACGAACAUGGGAACCUUAGGGCUAUCAACCCCGAAAAUGGAUUUUUUGGAGUUGCCCCAGGAACGUCAGUGAAGACCAACCCCAAUGCCAUGGAGACCAUUAGAAAUAACACCAUCUUUACCAAUGUUGGAGAAACAAGUGAUGGAGGAAUCUAUUGGGAGGGCAUGGGUGCAAAUCUGCCACCCGGAGUUACAUUGACCUCAUGGAAAAAUAAAGAUUGGACACGUGACGAUGGUGAGCCUUGCGCGCACCCUAAUUCUCGAUUCUGCACCCCAGCUAGCCAGUGCCCAAUCAUUGACCCUGCUUGGGAGUCCUCCAAGGGGGUACCUAUUGAGGGCAUCAUUUUUGGAGGACGCAGACCAGCCGGUGUGCCCCUUGUAUACGAGGCAUUAAACUGGCAACACGGGGUUUUCGUCGGAUCAUCGAUGAGAUCAGAGGCAACAGCCGCAGCUGAGCACAAAGGCAAAGUAAUCAUGCAUGAUCCUUUUGCCAUGAGACCAUUCUUUGGCUACAAUUUUGGCCGAUACCUGAGCCAUUGGUUGAGCAUGGAGCAUCUCCCAUCAGCAAGACUUCCCAAGAUCUUCCAUGUCAACUGGUUCCGUAAGGACAAAGAAGGAAACUUCCUAUGGCCUGGAUACGGAGAGAACAUCCGUGUUCUUGAAUGGAUGUUCAAUAGAAUCAACGCAGAAGCCUCCGCUGAAGAGACAGCCAUUGGUUAUGUCCCCGCAGAGGGCUCCAUGAAUUUGAAGGGUCUAGGAGACGUGAACACGGAAGAGCUUUUCGAAAUAUCCAAAGAGUUUUGGGAAGAGGAGGUUGCAGACAUUAGGAGAUAUUUUGAUGAUCAGGUCAAUGCGGAUCUCCCUUACGAGAUAGAAAGCGAGCUGAAUAAGUUAGAGGAAAGAAUAAUGCAAUUGUGAAUAUUUGUGUAGCAUCACAAAAACUUUGUGUAGUCUCUAACAUUGAGAAUUAGUGAGGGGCAGGCCACUAGUCUAAACUGUGAGCCUGUGUCUUCAUUACAAAGGCCAUCUUGGUCUUAGCCAAUUCCACGUGUUGUGGGAUUUUACCUGUAAUGGGGCGAAUCAUAAUAGUUAACAAGAACUAUGUACUGUAUCUUUCAAAUACUUGUCUUCCAUUCUUGCUCUAAUUCCCUGUGUGUAUAUACAUACAUAUAUGUAAGGUAAAGAGGGAGACAGUUUCCGAGGCAGUUUUAGGAGAAAAAAAGGAUGCAAGAGCAAGGGAGCGAUAUUCAGAGAGGGUGAGGAUUUAAACUAUGAAUAAUAUUUUAAUAUUGUUUUUUAGAUAUAUGAUGUUUCAUGAAUUUGUAAUUAUAAAUAUUAUGUCAUAAUAUUUCAUGUAUAGGAACCUACAUUUUAUAUAUUUUCU